GCGAAACAGAAAGUAAACACCGGAAGUGCAUUGUGAUCACAGGCACCGUGUCGAGAACGCAGGUGGAGAUUUCUGUGUAUUUCUGGUUCUUCACAAACAAUGCAACUGACAAUAACCUCAUUAUCUGACGACAUUUUCACCCUCGAAGUCAGUGAGGAUUUGGAACUCGAAAACUUUAAAGCUUUGUGUGAAUUCGAGACCGGCAUCUCAUCUAACGAAAUCGCUAUUCUUUGGAAUGGACGUCCGCUCCAAGAUGACAAGCAAACACUGAAACAAUACGGAAUUAAGAAUGGAGAUGUCCUGUUAUUACAGCAGUUACGUAGUGGACAGAGAGCUGGAGGUCAGGCGGCGUCCGGCCAGUCGUCGGCAGGGGCUGGAGCUCUGCCGCAGAUCGACUUUGGCAGUAUUCACAUCCCUGGCGCCGGACCAGCUGCAGCACCCAGACCCACCCAAUCCCAAUCCCAAUCCCAAUCCCAAUCCCAAUCCCAAUCCCAAUCCCAGAACCCAACAGCUGCCAUGAUGGAGGACCCGGACUUCAUCCGCCAGAUGCUGCUUUCAAAUCCUCACCAGGUGGCGCUACUCAAAGAACGAAAUCAACCUCUGGCUGAAGCUCUUGCAAGUGGAAAACCAGAGAAGUUUCGUGAAGUAUUUGUAAAGCAGCAAAAAGAACGUCAAGAGAAAGAGAAGGAAUGUAUACGCCUUGCCACCGCUGACCCAUUUGAUGCAGAUGCACAGAGACAGAUUGCAGAGGAAAUAAGGUUAAAGAAUGUUGAAUCCAACAUGGAAACUGCUAUGGAAUUUGCUCCUGAGAGCUUUGGCCAGGUUGUCAUGCUGUAUGUUGACUGUAUGGUGAAUGGACAUGCUGUAAAGGCAUUCGUUGACUCAGGUGCCCAGAUGACCAUCAUGAGCCAGGCCUGUGCAGAAAGGUGUAACAUCAUGAGAUUGGUCGACACGAGGUGGGCUGGCAUCGCCAAGGGCGUUGGGACACAAAGAAUUAUUGGACGAGUUCAUCUAUGUCAGAUACAAAUAGGACCAGACUACCUCCAGUCCUCGUUUUCCAUAUUAGAGGACCAGCCUAUGGAUAUGUUGCUGGGCCUCGAUAUGCUCAAACGCCAUCAAUGCUGUAUCGACUUAAAGAAGAACAGGUUAAUCAUUGGAACAACGGGCACUGAAACACAGUUCCUGGCUGAGGGGGACCUCCCAGAGCAUGCACGUCUCAACCUCAGUAACCAGCCAAGUGUUGACAAAGAAGAAGAACAGCUAGCACAGGCUCUGGCUAAGUCAGCAGCUGAAGCAGCAUCAGGCAGCAAACCCACACCAUCAACAAGUGGUACGAAGGACAGCAAGUCUGGUAGCUCCAGUGCUGCGCCUGCUCAGUCACUACCGUCAUUCCCAGAGGAGGUUGUCCAACGCCUAAUGUCACGUGGCUUCACUCGUCAUGCUGUGUUAGAAGAACUUCGACUCGCUGGGGGGCAUGUGGACACAGCACUAGCUGCCCUUAUCGCAAAGUCAUUUUCAUUGCCUUAAAAGUCUGUUGCAGUUAAGAUCUGAAGGAAUAUUUGUACAACCUGCCAAAUGCACUCUCUCUUAUGUAUAAAGUUUGUGAUAUACUUGAAUGGGUUUUGACAAAAUGAUUUUUUAUUUCCUAGUAAGAAAACUUUGGACUUCAUUCUUGUUUUUCCUCAAGUCACACAGAGGAAUGUGCGGACUUGUGUCAUGUAAUUUGAAUUUCUAUAUGAUGAAAGGAGCUUGGUCAUCACAUCAGCUUGAUGUGUUCGACAGAAGCAGCAUGAUUUCAUUUCACAGAAAUAAUUACAGCCGCUGGAGGCUCUCUAUCAGUUUCA